GAGGGGGUAGCAAUGUAAAUAAAGUUUCCUCUUCGCCCCGCUAGCCCCGAUUGUUGCAAUCAUUUUGUUGACGUUCUUUCACUUGUGGGCUUUGGUUCAAUGUAUUUGUUGUAAUCUAAAGGUAAUUGUUGUAAUCUAUAUAAAUACUUUAAGCUGAUUUAAGACUUUUAUUUAGCGAAAAAGUGGAGUGGUCAUGGCCCCUCUUGUCCUACUAUGGCGCGGGUUCUGCUUAUUUGAAAAAUUACAGCUCAGCCAACCAAACCUCUCCUGGUCGAAAGGAAACUGGGGCGAGCAUUGUCAAUCGGCAAAAUUCAAAUUUAUUGACGACCAAGAAACAAACAUGGCGUGUGAAAUGGAGUUUGAGAUUGUUGGCCGGAACACUGGUUUUAUUGAAAGCUCGGCCCAUCAGAAUUAUCAGAACUUUCAUGGUGUUGAGAAUCUCCACGCUGCUCACUUCUGCUCUCCAAAAAUAGCAACUCAGCGUUCCAAACUAGAUGGUACAUCGGCUGCCACAUGGUCGACACGAAAUGGGAAAAGAAAGAUAGAUUCAUUUCAAGAAAUAUCAACAAGAUCAGGGGAGCAGCUACAAUCAUGUUGGCUAAACAGUACGUCGACAAAAGCUAUAGAGCCCAUAAGAAAGAGACCGUGCCUGGAAUGCUUUUCAAACGAUGAUAGCAAAACAUCAAAAUAUUCUGCAACAUUGGGGAACUCUGCAGAUGUCCCUAAACAGUUUCUUAAGAGUUGCCACAGAUGUGAAGCUGGAGAAGGGGGUCAUCUUGGUCACAUAUCCAGCUAACAAAAGACUUACGGAUAGAGCUCCUUUGAAGGCGAAAGGAUUCAGGUUGCAGACAUGGAACAUUAUAGGUGCCAAACUUUGUAAAUAGAUUUUACAUGUAUAUAUUAUUUGCUUAUUACACAAAGGUUUUGAUUUUUUAUAUUGAGUUAGGAAUUUAGAUAUAUUGUUUGGAUUUGUUGCCAGGAUUGGCUGGUUAGUAACGCGAAAAAGCUUCUGUUGAAACUUUACUAUUUCUACCAACAAUGCGUGUUAGAUAGUGAGGGGUCAUGGUGUUGUGGGGGUUGCGGGGGUUGAUUCUCCCUACCCUAUAAAGAAUGCUUCGCCGCUAUGUUUUUUUACCGAGUGACAAUUUAGGGACCUUACUUAAAAAUGACAUAGGAUAAGUAGCACUUGCCCUGUACGCCAGAAUGGUAAGUCCCCAAGCGGCGUUAUUUAUGGGGCGUUAAAAAAGAACCGACAACAGUAUCCUCCGUUUCCCCCUCGUUGCGGUCAGCGCUACAUUCCUCCGACCCACAGUUAAAAGCCUGUCUCGUGAUAGAUUUUAAAGACUACAUAGGUAUGAAGUGUCGGGAACGGCUAUAUCUUAGAUGUCCAGACAAUUUUGUAAUUUUAUUGAAACAAAUUUCAGCAAACAAUUUAUCCAGAAUUUGAGAUUCUAUAUUGUUGAAAGGUAUAAUAUGCUCUAAAAAGUAAACCCCCGCUUUUUUUAGUCAUGCGGAAUGAUUUACAUAGUCUUGCGGUUACCGCCGAAAUAUCAGCGAACAAUAAGAUGUCGAAUCAGACAAAUAUAGGUAUAGGUUUGGUGUACAUGUAAACAGUUUUUGAAGAAAAAAAACAGAUUAGAUUCACAAUCACAUUUGAAAAUGCUGCAGUAUCUUAGUCUCCAUCUAUAUCAACAUAUUUGCAAGGGACGUUGUUAUUUUGACCAAUCACGAAACAGAUUUGAAUUACAUUUGAUUCUAUACCCAGAGGCCAUGCUAAAGAGAUUUGCUAGUGUCCCGUUAUAUUUCAAUUUAAUUUUUAGUAAUUCGAUGUUUUUAUCUCCUUUCCCUUUCCCACUUUGAUGUUCAAAGCAUGGUUCAAUAUUAUUUCACAUUGCUAUUUUUUCUAUCACUGAACGACAAUGAAGCUAGAAGUGGGUGCUCUUUACUGAUCUCAACAUUCCUCCGUAUUAAUAACGUAAUUUAACUCGGAAUCCAUCUAGAAUCCCCCACAAAAUAUUUUGAGACCUGUGUCAAUUAUUGUAUUUUUCCACUGUUCUUGUAAAACAGUUUAUAUUUCAAUAGAACGACAUUCCUGGCAAUGUUCCUCCCCAAACAAAGCAAUAUUCUUUUGAAUCCAAGAUCUACCAUAAAUUUUUAUUUCUAAAAUUUUGCCUUGUUCUGAGAGGGGCGAAAAAUCAAUGCUUUAUUACAUUUUAUAACAAUUAUAACAUUUUAUAACAAUUAUAACUUGGAAGUGGAGACCUGCUGCUAUUAAAACCUGGAUCACAAAGCAGAAAUCUGAUUUUUCCGGUAGAAGAGACCUUGUACAUUUUUACACAAUUCAUCCUUUCUGCUACUUAGCAUACGAGGCGUCGUGAUCAAAAGGGGGGGGGAGAGGAAGUUAAUAACACCUGCCAAAUUAAGAAGAAAUGUUUAUGGUUCAAUGUGCGCAAUUUCAAGUUAUUUUUCACAUGCUAAUUGAAGAUAGAGCAGUUUGUUCACUAGAAGACGUUCUUCUUGUCAAGAAAGCAUAUAUUGUGAAACUGAAUAUUAACAGCUUAUCAAGUAACAAAGAGGAACAUAUUCAUAUUUUUUAGUUUUUUUACGCUUUUGGUAUACCGAGAAACUUUUGAAAUACACAGUUUUUUAUGAGAAUACCAUAUUUUUUUGCCGAGCCUCAAUAUUCUUAAAAAUUUUCGAUUUUGAUCCUAAGAUUAUUUUUUGAUUAUUCUUGUCCAACACAAGGUGUAAAUUCGCCUUAAGAUCAACGAAAAAUAUUAAAUCUUUUUUGAUGUGUUGCUUUAUCAUAAAUGUCAAAGUGACAGUUGUUUUGCUUUGGGAGAAAACUCAGAUUAAGGAAAAUUCUAGUCUUGAUAAAGGUUGAGCCUGGCAUUAUUCUCAAAUUAUUCCUAAAUUUUAGCAAUUUUGAGCCUCAAUAUUCUUAUCAAUUUUAUUCAUAUAAAGGAAGUGUGUAAGCAGGUGGGUUUACCAUCCGUACAUGGACUGAACGUUUAUUUUAGGCCUAGAUGUCCUCUCAUGUAAACAUCAUAAGAAUGCUGUCUUAAUUGUUUACGAAGAUAAUUAUUUGAUAUGUACAUGCAAUUUCACACAUGUAUAUUUUGUGUGAGCGGAGUAAAUGUAUGCUUUGGCUGUUUUUAUUAAGAUUCGAGAAGGCAAUUUCGUGCUCAGAGGCCAUGUUACGCAAUACGCUAAGGCAAUUUCAACAUACAAAUAAAUUGGACUUUGCAGAUGUCUGUGUUUAGGUGCUUAGUUUUUUAGAAGUUAUUACUCCUCGUUAAAAUUAUGAGAGAUUUACCUGCUUUCUGAUGUCUUGGUAUGAUAAAAGAAAAUUAGUUUUUUUGAAUAAAUUGAUGUCGAAAACGUUCGGACAGCCAAGCUUAAAUUGUCCGAAAUCUUGCUUUAGAAAGAAUGUUUCUUUCGAAAGGUUUAGAUUCGUAAAAAAUAAAAAUAUAAAAAAAUACGUAAGCUUUUAACAUAAAAUCAAAAUUUUAUCCAGUGUAGAAAGUUUUCUUGAGUCAGACCAUGAUUCAUAUAAGCUAGAUGUAAUUUUAGCAUGCACAUUUAUACUAUCUUAGAAGCUGUUUGUCCGAAAAGUUUUUGCCAGAGAUUAUCGAAGUUAUGUCCGCGAGUGUUUGAUUUCAAUAUAAUUGUGAAUCACAGUUUCAAAAGUCUUUAACUCAUUUGCGGAUUUAUGUAGUUUUACUCCUUGAAUUUGGUUUUCUUCACUUGAUAGAAAUGCAUUCCUUUUUAUUAGAACACGAGCCUCAAACCUUGUCAAAUGUUAAGAACAAUAAAGAACAAGCCGAGACUGAGCUACUGUAUAUUGUAGUCUUGAACAAUGUUUCGACUCAAAAACGAGUAGUUUUCGACUCAAAAACGAGUAACGAGAAAGAGGGGUGCUUUUUCGGUGAAUUUUCAAACUUGUCAGCAAAUAAAGGAUGUCUUACUCACUUUAUUGGCAAACGAGGCUUUAACUCCCCCAAGAGCGCACAACAACUGCACUGCUUACACCCUAAUAAUUUAAGAACAAAUAAAGAGAUAUCCAGCUUCAAAUUUUCGAAAAAUCUUAAGAACAGCCAGCCUGAACUUCAAUUUUCUGAAAAAAGAGUGAGAUGUAAAUUCAGGUAUAUGCCAAUAAAUAGAGUAACUAACAACAUCCCAAUACCUAGAGCUGGAUUCGCGACAGCCCUGACUGUUAUACCUAUAUAUUCCUUUCUUAAAUGAUUCUUAAAAAAGUUCGUAAGUUAUCUUUGCAAAUCAAUUAAUAAUACUUUUCUUAGGAGGAGGGGGGGAGGGGGUGUACCGGCCUUGGUUGCUCUUUUUGAAUCUUUCCAUAUAAACUCAUUUUAUUUACAAGAAACAAAGGUCGAUGUUGAGUACUCCAGUUUCUUAAUGUUCUGGAAAUAUAAAUACUCAUCGUUUCUUGAAUGUUUCUUAAUUAUGAUGUCAUGAAUGCUGUUAUGA